UCCGUACAAUCUUGUUGCAUGACAGCGAAUGUUUAUGCGAGUCUGAUGUGAGCAAGGACUACAACAGCGAGUGGGGGAUUGAUACGUAUAAUUUAGCAAAAAUGCUCUGGUUUGAUGGCUCGAUCCCCGCUGCCAUCGUCUCAGCCAAACAGGCGAACUCCAUCUUCGUCGUCGUUAUUACAGGAGACGAUGAGCAGUCUACACAGGUGAUGUCCAGUUGGGAGGAUGACAGAGUUGCUCAGGCCACAGAACGCUGCUUUGUCGCAAUUAAGAUAGAUGCGGAAAGUGAAACCUGUGUUCAGUUUUCUCAAAUCUAUCCCGUAGUCUGCAUCCCCUCCAGUUUCUUCAUAGGAGAAAAUGGCAUUCCCUUGGAGGUGAUUGCUGGCAGUCUCUCAGCUGAAGAACUCAUGAAGCGGAUCGACAAGGUCAAGCAGAUGCACGCACAAGAGGCGGAGGUCUCAGACAGGGUCUUGAGUCAGGAUGGAGAGCACAUGGACACAUCCCCACCACCUUCUAUUGGCCCAGAGCCAGUCACUGAGCCGGCCUCCCCACCAGCCAACAGCCAGCCCACCAGCACAGUACCACCCAGCACCGCCUCAGAGAACGCCGCUACACCCGCCCCAUCCAAAGAGUCGCUCUCCAGGCCCGCAGAGGAGGGCGGAGCCUCAGGUUACGUGACCCCGGCCGAGGACAGGAGCCUGUCGUCAGAUGACCUGUCGCUCAGCUCCCAGCCCGACGAGGGCGUGGAUGCCAAGGUGGAGAGGCUAACAAAGAAGCUGGAGGAGAGACGAGAACGCAGAAAAAAAGGAGAAGAGGAGCAGGAGAUAAGGAAGGAGAUGGAUCGCAGGAGGCAGGGGAAGGAGAUGCUGGACUACAGACGGCAGCAGGAUGGGGAUCGGACCAAGCGCAUGCUGGAGGAGAGGAACAGAGAGAAGGCGGAGGAGAGGGCGGCGCGGGAUCGCGUCAAGCAGCAGAUCGCUCUGGACCGGGCCGAUCGGGCGGCCCGCUACGCCAAAAACCAGGAGGAGGUGGACGCGGCCAAGGCCGCGGCGCUGCAGGCCCGGCAAGCAGAGAUGGAGGCCAGGAAGGAGGCGCUGCACAGAGAGAGGAGUGCCGUUGCCAGGAUACAGUUCCGUCUGCCGGACGGCUCCUUCUUCACCAACCAGUUUCCCUCCGAGGCCCGGCUGCAGGACGCCCGAGACUUCGCCGCUCGGGAAGUAGGCAACCGCUACGGAAAUUUCUCUCUGGCCACCAUGUUCCCCAGGAGAGAGUUCACCGGACAGGACCUGGACAAGACGCUGCUGGAGCUGGAGCUCGCUCCGAGCGCGUCCGUCGUGCUGCUGCCUCAGACGGGACGACCGACCAACACUGUGGUGCAGUCCUCAGGCGGGGGCUUCUGGGUGGUGCUGGGGACCGUCUUCUACCCCCUGCUGGCGGUUUGGAGGUUCAUCAGCGGCUUCCUCUUCUGCAGCCCUCCGCCCACUGGCCCCGCCCCCAGGGCCCCGCCCCAGAGACCUGGCCCCGCCUCUGCCUCGUCCAGCCAACCAAACAGAGAGUUUAUCCGUAAGCGGGUUCUGGAGAAGCGGCCUGAGGACUUCAAAAAAGACGGGAAAAUCUACAGGCUAAGGACUCAGGAAGACAGCGAGGACGAGAACAACACCUGGAACGGCAACUCCACCCAGCAGAUGUAGCCGGGCCGACGCCCAGCACUGUGCAAUAAGGUCCAUCUCCUGUCUCUCACCAGGUUUUCUGUGCGCUGAGAACGCUCCGUUUUCAUUGGCCGAUUCAGCUUUUUCCCAGACUGCGGUAUGUUCCUGCCGCAGUCCUGGUCCCGCUGUUCCCUUGCAUGGUUAGCUGAGUAUAAUCAGUGCCCUCCCACUGGCCUGGACAACAUUCUGUUUUUACUACUUCACUGUAUUUCAUGUUAUCGUUUGAUAACUGUUUUUCCCCCCUGGUACAACAGCAGGGCCAGAAUCCAGAGGCGCUGGUUGUAUUGGCUACCAGGAGGUUCUGGGCUCAUCAAGUGCUUGAACUUAUGGAUGAUUCUUUUUUUUCUUUUUUUUUGGCAACAAUCUAUUUUAUUUAACAACGGCUUCAUGAAGAAACUAGUCCGGCGAAAAUGUGAAACGACUGACGUUUGCGUGUUUUAUAUUAAGGGAUUUGUUCCUUAAUGAGUGUAUCGUCUGCGUAGAUUGCGGAAGGCACUUUUAGUUGAAAACGGGAA